AUGUCUCUCAUUUACGGUUUGGUUGCUCGUGGCUCUGUCAUUUUGACAGAAUUCACUAGUUCUUCCGGAAAUUUUGCUCAAGUCACUCAAGCAAUUUUAGAAAAGAUCCCACCAAAUAAUUCCAAAUUAACAUAUGUUUAUGACCGGCAAGAUAAAUCUUUUUUAUACCUUUUCCAUUAUAUUUGUGAAGAUGGACUUACAUACAUGUGUAUGGCUGAUGAUACAUUCGGACGAAGGAUUCCAUUUCUUUUUUUACAAGAUAUUAAAGAACGAUUUUUGGCAACUUAUUCGAAAGAAAGAGCCACUACUGCACUUCCUUAUGGAUUGAAUGAAUUUUCUAAAGUUAUUGCAAAACAAAUGGAACAUUUUUCCGACGUUUCUCAAGCUGAUAGAAUUAAGAAAGUGCAUGGAGAAAUUGAACAAGUUAAAGAUGUUAUGACCCGUAAUAUUGAGCAAGUAUUGGAACGUGGGGAAAGAAUUGAAAUAUUGGUAGAUAAAACGGACAAUCUUAAUCAACAAGCAUUUGCUUUCAAAAAGCGUAGUACUGCUUUGAAGCGAUCAAUGUGGUGGAAAAAUACCAAAUUACUUAUUCUUUUGGUAUUCGUAAUUAUUCUCAUCACUUACUUCAUCAUUUCCUCUGCAUGUGGAUUUCCCACUUGGGCAGCAUGUCGUGGUGCAGAUUAG